AUGCCUUUUUCUGCUAAGAAUUUAGAUCUUUCCAAAUUGGAAUAUGCAGUUGGCAGAGAAAAUUGUGACAUAAAUUUGACUACAGACGAAAAGUCUUUUGAACACCUACAUUUUAUAUCUAGGACACAUUUUAAACUUAAACGAGACAGUAGGAAUUCUCUUGUUUAUUUAGAAGAUUUUUCUCGAAAUGGAACAUUCAUAAAUGGUGAAAAAGUUGACAAAGGAAACCAAAGAAUAUUGCAAAAUGAAGAUGUUAUAGCAAUAGGUAGUGAUUUCAGAAAAUUGUUUAGAUUUUUUUAUCGUUUCACACAUACUGUGGAUAAAAUCCCAAAUCUCAUCAAAGAUGACUACUACAUUUCUCGUUUGCUUGGAAGCGGUGCAUGUGGUGCUGUGAGAUUAAUUAUUAACAAAAGUACAUGUGAUAAAUUUACUAUGAAGCAGAUCAUCAAGAGUAAAGCAGAUGGUGAAAAGAAAUUAAACCAUCCUAAUCGUAUUAUGAAAGAAAUUAAUAUUAUGAAAAAAUUAGAUCAUCCAUUCAUAGUUAGUAUCUACAACAUUGUUGAAACUCCUGAAGCAGUAUUUUUGAUAUUGGAACUUAUGAAUGGAGGUGAUAAAUCAUAA